AUGGAAGGGGAGAAGGAAGAGACGGAGAAGGCGGAGAAGGCGGAGAAGGACGAGCGGGGAGCGGAGGUGGAGAAGGAAACGGUUGUCACGGAAGGGACGGACGAAAAAGAGGAAGAGAAAGUGGAAAAAGAGGGGGAAGAAGAGAGCGAGGAGGAGGAGGAAGAGGAGGUGAAGGAGAGGAGCGUGCAGCAGAGAGCAGCGGAGCCGGGGGAGCCUGUGUGCGCGGUGUGCGGGAGAUACGGGGAGUACGUGUGCGAUGCAACGGACCUGGACGUGUGCAGCCGCGAGUGCAAGGCCGCGUGUGUUGCGGGGGAUGUGCCACGUGUCAGAGGGAGUGAGGCGCCGGGUGGAGGACAGGGGAGGGUGGGCGGAGGAGGAGAGCGGUGUGGAAAGGCAGGAGGGGAAGCUGAGGGGCAGGGAGUGAGAGAGAAGGAGCUUGGAAAGGGGAGCGAGGGAGGAACUAAAGAGGAGGAAGAAGAGGAGGAAGAGGAAGAGGAGGAGGAAGAGGAAGUGGAAGAGGAAGAAUGGGAAGAGGAAGAAGAGGAGGAGGGCGAGGAGUAUUCAACCUUAGACACGAGCAACAGCAUUGGGAUGUCUCUUGAUGUGAUACAAAGCGGUGUGUCAGCAGCAAUAGCAGCAGAAAUCCGAGUACGGGAGGGCAUAUCCCUGCACGGAGAACUCCCAAUUUCUCCACCUAUCCUCGACUUCGCCGCACUGGCACAGCUCGGAAUCAGUGCAGUCAACGCUGUCAACGCAGUCAACCCAGUCAACGCAGUCAACACAGUCAACCCAGCCAUCACAGUCAAUGCAGUCAACGCAGUCAACGCAGCCAUGGAAAUGAUCCUGCGCAACCUGCAGCAGCGCAUGGGAGUGCACACGCCCACGCCCAUCCAGAUGCAAGGCAUCCCAGCCAUCCUCGCCCGCAGAGACGCCCUCCUCUCCUCCCCCACCGGCUCUGGCAAGUCCCUCGCCUUCCUCCUGCCUCUGCUCGCCCUCGCCCUCCUCCCCCUCCCAUGCAUAACCGGUCCCCGUGUCACGCCCGCACCCAUCCCCUCGCCUGCCCCGCACCUUAUGGUCCCCACAAAGCUUAGUCAUCCCGACUUCUCACCCGCAUCGCAGCCGCUGCAUCGCGUGAAGAGGAGGCGGGGACGUGAAAGGAGGAUGGGAGGGGUGGUGGCAGUGGUGCUGGUUCCGUCAAGAGAGCUGGCAGUGCAGCACCAUGAGAGCAUCAAGCACCUGCUGAAGGCCGGCGCAGCGGAGACUUUGGGGGAAGCUGCUCGAACGGCAGUACAGCACCACGAGAGCAUUAAGAAGCUGCUGAGGAGUGAUAAAGCAGAGACUGAUAGCGAGUUGAGAGGGCGGGAUGGCCACACAUUUGGGGGAAAUGCAGCAGGCAUCAUGCAGGUCCGGCCUGAUGCGGUUCGGCGAGGUGCGGUGCGGUCAGUGCUGCUGGUGGGGGGCGAGUCGACAGAGGUGCAGAUGGGGCGGCUGUGGCGGGGAGUGGCAGGCGAGUGGAGUGUGGGAACAAGGGAGGGGGGUGAGGGAGCGGGGUUGCUGGGCGCUGGGGGGAGGAAGAGGAGGAGAGCGGAAGUAUGGGAUGGAGGGAGUGAAGCAUUGGGAGAGGGCAUGAAUGCGGACAGGACAGAUGGCAGAGGGAGAGAAGAGGGGAAGGGAGCGGUUGGAGUGGGAGCCCUCCCUCUUCCCCGUUCCUCCCUCUUCCCCGUUCCUCCCUCUUCCCCGUUCCUCCCUCUUCCCCGUUCCUCACUCUACCUGGUUUCCCCCUCUUCCCUGCUCGUCCCUCUUUCCCCCUCCCCCUCCCCACCCACCCUCACUCAACACCACAGCGACAUGACUUCAUCGCUCAUGCACUCCCCCAUCACCAUCUCAUGCGCACACACGCCCAUGAACACCAAUGGGCUCGCACUCACCUCCACCCAUGUCAAGCAGGUUGUUAUCUGGGUGGAGGAGAAGCACAAGAAGACAAAGCUCUGCGACAUACUCUGCCACCCGCGGCACUUCCACCCGCCCGUCCUUGUUUUUGUCUCUUCCCGAGACGGCGCAGACCUCCUCUCCUCCACCAUCCACAAACUCACCGGCCUCGAAGCAGCUUCCGUACACAGCGGCAAGCUCGCCCCCGAUCGUCGUAACACCAUCGCACGACUAAUAACGGGGGAGAUUCCUGUUGUGGUGUCUACGGCUGGAGUGCUUGGGCGUGGGGUUUACAUUCCCAAGGUGUCGCAGGUUGUGGUGUUCGAUAUGCCGGUGAAUAUGGAGGAUUAUGUUCAUUUGAUUGGUCGAGCAGGGCAUGUCGGAGCACCGGGAAUAGCCAUGGCCUUUGUUAAUAAGUCUUCACGGCCGUUGCUGCCUGAUCUUGUGGGCUUUCUUAAGUCCACGGCGAAUCCAAUUCCGCGUGAGCUUGCAGUGUUAGCCCCAAGGUUCGGCAAGGGUCUCUGGAUGUUCUUCGGGGGAAAAGUCGAGCCGGGCGAAGCCACGGAGCACGCCGCUGCACGCGAGCUACAGGAGGAGGCGGGUUUAGUGGCGGAGGCGCUAGAGAAGCGCGCCGAGCUGCUGUUUCACCUGGACGGGCAGCCCAAGCCGUGGCAGGUGCAUGUAUACAUAGUGGAGAGAUUUACGGGGGAAGUGUGUGCCAGUGACGAGAUGAUUCCACAGUGGUUUCCCGCCUCCGACAUUCCCUAUGGGGAAAUGUUUCCUGAUGACAUCAUAUGGGUGCCAUGUUUCCUCAAAGGUGAAAGCCUGAAAGCUGAGUUUGUGUCCAGUGCAGACGGGAUGGUGAUGCGGCAACAUCAAAUAAUAAUCCAGUCCUAG